CUAUGCUCACCAAAAAUAUUUGAUUAAUCUGAUAAAUGGAGUACUCUCUGUGUCUUAGGGUGCGAAAAUUAGCUCUUUUAGUUCUUUGGAUUGCUUUGUCAGUGGGUAAUGUCGAUGUUGAGAGCAGAAAGCUUACUGAGACAGAGGUUGGUGAUGAAGUGAAGAAACCAGACUGGUUUUUUGGUGGAACGCCACCUGGCAUUGGCCUUGGAAAGCCUGAUUGCAUUGGUAAAGGAGGCGGUGGUGGUGCUGGCAAGCAUCACAAGAAAAAGGAGAAAGAGAAACAUCAUGGUGGUAAAGGAAUUGGAGGAGGUGCUGGGGGAGGCAUUGGCAAAGGAGGUGGUGGCGGAAUUGGACCUGGAGGAGGCAUUGGUGGAGGAGGAGGGAUUGGAGGUGGUGGUGGGGGAGGCAUUGGUGGAGGUGCGGGAGGAGGGAUUGGAGGUGGUGCUGGUGGAGGCAUUGGAGGUGGUGCUGGUGGAGGCAUUGGUGGUGGUGGCGGAGGAGGCAUUGGUGGUGGUGGCGGAGGAGGCAUUGGAGGUGGUGGCGGCAUUGGAGGUGGGGCUGGAGGAGGCAUUGGUGGGGGUGCAGGAGGAGGGGCUGGUGGAGGCAUUGGUGGUGGUUCAGGAGGAGGGAUUGGAGGUGGUGGUGGAGGAGGCAUUGGAGGAGGUGCAGGAGGAGGGAUUGGAGGUGGGGCUGGAGGAGGCAUUGGUGGGGGUGCUGGAGGAGGCAUUGGAGGUGGUGGUGGCAUAGGAGGUGGUGCAGGGGGAGGGAUAGGAGGAGGCAUUGGCAAAGGAACUUGGGGAGGAAUUGCUGGAGGAGUUGGCGGGGCUUUUGGAGGAGGUGUUGGAUGUGGAAUAGGCGGUGGUGGCUGUGGCGGUGGAGGUGGAGGGAUUGGAGGAGGUUCUGGCAAAGGCAUAGGAGGUGGAUUUGGUGCUGGUGGAGGAAUUGGAAGCGGAAUCAGUGGUGGUGGUGGUGGCGGUGGUGGAGGUGGUGGCGGAGGCUUUGGUGGCAGAGCUUGA